GGCAGCGGGAGGAGCGGCUGGCUGCCGGGCUUCCCGCCCCGCGCUGCGCUGCCGCCCCCGCCGGAGCCGCCCUGCCUGCUGAGCUGUGAUAGACAAAAUGUCAAUAGAAUAAGUCACCUGCCCACCAGAACUUGCCAUGAACCAUUUGGGUGGACCACCUGAAGGGGAGGUAAGUGAAGAGCCAGCGAGUGGAACAGUGAACGAGUCUGUGGAGGCUGACUUGGAGCGCCCGGAGGUGGAAGAGGAGCAGCGGUAUGCAACUCGCUACCCCAGGCACACAAACUGCAGCCAAGGGGGCCUGUCGGGGCAGGAGGAGGAAGGGAUGUUAGCACGGUCAGCCAGCACUGAGAGUGGUUUCCACAAUCACACGGAUACUGCGGAAGGAGAUGUGAUAGCCACAGUGGAAGGCAGUUACGACACAGAGAGAGUCCAGGAGAAUGAGGAUGAGAGUGCCUAUGCGGUGCAGUACAGGCCCGAGUCUGAGGAGUACACGGAGAAUGCCGAGGCUGAGCACAGCGAGGCCAUUCAUCAUCGCACCCUGCCCAAUCACUUGCAUUUCCACUCCAUCGAACACGAGGAAGCCAUGAACGCAGCCUACUCGGGCUACGUCUACACACAUCGGCUGUUCCACCGCGGAGAGGACGAGCAGUAUGCUGAGCCUUACGCCGACUAUGGACUGCAGGAACACGUGUAUGAGGAGAUAGGAGAUACUCCAGACCUCGACGUUAGGGAGGGGCUCCAGCAGUAUGAGCAGGAAAGGGAGGAAGCCGACAAUUACCGCAAGGAAGCGCUUGGUGCCCGCCUUCACCAUUACGAUGAGCGGUCUGAUGGGGAAUCUGACAGCCCUGAGAAGGAGGCAGAGUUUGCGCCCUACCCAAGAAUGGAUAGUUACGAACAAGAGGAGGACAUUGAUCAGAUUGUAGCAGAGGUGAAGCAGAGCAUGAGCUCCCAGAGCUUAGACAAGGCAGCUGAAGACAUGCCAGAGGCAGAGCAGAGUUUGGAGCACAGUCAUGCCCUGACUGGUGAUGGGCAUGAAAGUAAUGGCCAGCUCCCAGCUGGUUCUCGAAUUACGUCCAGCUCCGGAGAAUCUGUACAGAGGUACAGCAAAGAAAAGAGAGAUGCAAUUUCACUGGCUAUCAAGGAUAUUAAAGAAGCUAUUGAGGAAGUGAAGACAAGGACCAUCCGUUCUCCUUAUACUCCUGAUGAACCUAAGGAGCCAAUCUGGGUAAUGAGGCAGGACAUCAGUCCAACCAGGGACUCUGAUGACCAGAGACCACUAGAUGGAGAUUCUCCAUCUCCAGAUUCCUCUUCACCUCGGGGUGCUGAAUCGUCAAGUAGACAACAUCACCAGGAUGUCUGCAGUACAGCAGAGGGCUCCACUAAUAAAGAGUCCAGGAAAAGCUUGGCUUCAUUUCCGACCUAUGUUGAAGUUCCUGGACCUUGCGAUCCUGAAGACUUAAUCGAUGGAAUAAUUUUUGCUGCCAAUUACCUUGGCUCAACUCAACUCCUUUCUGAUAAAACUCCUUCCAAGAAUGUAAGAAUGAUGCAGGCUCAGGAAGCUGUCAGCAGGAUCAAGAUGGCCCAGAAAUUAGCCAAAAGCAGAAAGAAGGCACCAGAAGGUGAAUCUCAACCCAUGACUGAAGUGGACCUCUUCAUUUCUACACAGAGAAUAAAAGUGCUGAAUGCAGACACACAGGAAACCAUGAUGGAUCAUCCCUUGAGGACCAUUUCUUACAUUGCAGAUAUAGGAAAUAUAGUUGUUUUGAUGGCUCGUAGGCGAAUGCCACGGUCUAACUCCCAGGAUAAUGUGGAAGCAUCUCACCCUUCCCAAGAUGGAAAGAGGCAGUACAAAAUGAUUUGCCAUGUAUUUGAGUCUGAGGAUGCACAGCUGAUUGCACAGUCCAUAGGUCAAGCAUUUAGUGUGGCCUACCAGGAAUUUCUGAGGGCAAAUGGAAUCAAUCCAGAAGACCUUAGCCAGAAGGAAUAUAGUGACUUACUCAAUACCCAGGACAUGUACAAUGACGACCUGAUUCACUUCUCCAAAUCUGAAAACUGCAAAGAUGUUUACAUUGAAAAGCAAAAAGGAGAAAUCCUAGGUGUAGUGAUUGUGGAGUCUGGCUGGGGAUCCAUUUUGCCUACUGUUAUCAUAGCCAACAUGAUGCAUGGAGGACCGGCAGAGAAGUCUGGGAAGCUGAACAUAGGGGACCAGAUCAUGUCAAUUAAUGGGACCAGUUUGGUUGGUUUACCACUCUCAACAUGUCAGAGCAUUAUAAAGGGUUUGAAAAACCAGGCCCGUGUUAAACUGAACAUAGUUAGGUGUCCUCCAGUAACCACAGUCUUGAUCAGACGACCAGACCUCAGAUAUCAGUUGGGCUUCAGUGUGCAGAAUGGGAUUAUCUGUAGCCUUAUGAGAGGAGGCAUAGCAGAGCGAGGAGGUGUGCGUGUUGGCCAUCGGAUCAUUGAAAUCAAUGGACAGAGUGUUGUAGCAACUCCUCAUGAGAAAAUUGUUCACAUUCUCUCAAAUGCUGUUGGUGAGAUUCAUAUGAAGACCAUGCCAGCUGCCAUGUACAGACUGUUGACUGCGCAGGAGCAACCAGUUUACAUCUAAAGCUGACACCUCACCAUCACAAUGUGCAUGGAGGAUGUUUUUCCUCAUUAGUGCUUGUCUCUAGUGCUGCAUUUCUGUGUCUGCAGAGACAUUUUUCCCUCUCUCUCACCUUCACAGGCUCUUAACACAGUCUCUCUCUUCUCCCUCCCUUUUUGUUCUCCUUCCCACCAUCUUCCCAUAUUUUGGGAAGGGGCAAAAUAUAUCUACAGGACUAUUUUGAUGGCAUCUUUUUACAAGUGAAACUUCAGGCAGUUCAACAUGCAAAACAGGAAAAUAACAGCAGCAUUGCUCACAGCAGGACUCCCAAAGAAGCUUGACUCUGCUUCAUGCUACAUAAUCAGUUUUAUAUUCUGGCUAUAAUUUGACAAACUGGGUGAAUUAAAUGUUGCUGAAUGAAAGAUGUCUUUAUCAAACAUAUAAAAGUAUGGAGUGCAAAGUGUUCUCUUGGGUAUCCUGCAUGUGCCUUCACUUUGCUUUUUCUGUUUUCCCACAGGCACUGAGCUCAGUAUUAAACAUUUAUGUCUGUAGGGAAAGUAGAAUACCAAAAGGACUGUGUUGCCCUCAGGAAGAAUUACAUGCUUAUGAAAACUCAGUAAAUGCUGCUGUUGUAAAAUGAACUGUCAAAAUACACACCUUUUAAUUUCCCUGUCAUCAGCUCUUAAUGAUUGUAGGACCCAAAAGGUACUUUGUGAGUUGCUGAAACAUUUUCAACUUGGAUUACUUACACUAAGUAAUUUGGGAGGCAAUUUUUGCAGCUGCCGCCCCCUUUCUGGCCCCAGGUUUUCUUCUUUUUUUUCUUCUACUUUGUUUUUAAAUGCAACAUGUCUUUUAUAGUCCCUUGCCUCUUUUAGAGGCUAAAGGGAGGGGGGAGGAUCUUUAAAUAUCUACAAGAGAAAUAGUGAGGGGCUUUCCUGAGUACCUGCACUUUUUCUAGCCUCUUAAUUCCUGAUUUGGUGCACACCGCCAUGUGUGCUGGUGUAUAUAGACAUUUUUAAAAUUGUGCUUGCUAUUUAUGAAGUUUGAAUAUAAGACAUCUGCAGACUAUUCUAAGUAAUUUUGUUCCCUGAGCCAGUUUUAACAUGUAUUUUUGUCCAAAGACCUGUUUAAUUUUAUCAACUUUCUAUUUAGUUCAUGAUACAGGUAACAGUGGAAGAGGUGAGGUGAGAAUAAACUUAUUUAUUUUGUUAAGUAA